CAUGUAUCAGAAGUUUGCGAGAUAGCUGGCAGAUUGCCAAUUGCUUGCCAGGUAUAAAAGACAGGUGUGUGUCGUGGACAAAUUAAAUCUUCCUUGUCAUCAUUUACAAAGGUUUGCUCUUAUUGUUGCGACGCCGGUGCGUUUUCAAGAUGUUGCCAACCGUGAACGAGAAGUCGACCGACCCAAGGGUGACCGUCGUCACUGAUAGUGUGUCUCCUCGUCAAACUGACGCUGAGAUCAAGGCGUCGUACAAAAAGUACAUCAUUGUUGCUGUUGCUGUCAUUGUUGUUGUUGCUGUUGCUGUCGGUGGAACAUUGGGAGCAGUUCACAUGUCUAACAAUGCAGCACAAGAUGUGUGGAAGGAGUACCACCUUCGUUUCACUAACAAAGACGGCACGAGUGAAAAGGAGAAUAUUAAGGUCAAUGUCAAGGACAAUGUCACCGUGUACAACGUCCCAGAUGAGCGAUUUCACGUUGCCAUGGAUAACCCUAGGGGUCUUGUGGUGUACAAAAUGGAGAUGAACAAUAGGUUUGCGUGCUACGUGACGCCAAUGAACAAGUCGGACGAGUCUGACAGCAAGGACGUGGCCAACGCUCUUGAAAAGGCUAGAAACGACGAGAUCAAUAACCCAGAAGAGGAUGAACAAACGCAAUACGUUGCCAACUCCUCUCCAAUUAAGGACAGAUCCUUCCUGAGUCCCAAAAUACGGGACUUUUGCAAGGAUCUGCAGGCGUAUUGGCUGACGGAGAAAGAUGGCGGUGCUGUAGAUGGCGCCACCACUAAGGCACCGGCAGAGAAAAGUCGACAGAAGCGUGCUUGUUACUAUCAGCGCAUUACUCUUCGUCGAUACGUUGUCAUUUACCGCUACGGUAGGCGAUACGUCAGAUAUUACUAUUACAGUGCAGUGCGUCGCCGUUGCUACGGCUAAAUUCGACUGGCUCAUCCUAAUAUCAACCCAGUCAUCUUAAGUGUGAGGCUCACGCAAACAAGAGCUCAAUAAAUCAGCAAUCUAAACUGUGAUUUUCUUUAGUUUCUUGAUUUAAAAUGCACAAAGAAUGUUUGAGGCUUUUGCUUAAUUCACGGUUGCUUUUGGAUGUUGCUUUGUGCUCAACUUUUCCGGUUAACUAGACUUUAGAAGUACUUUGGCUUAGAUUAAGUACGUGCUAUAUAAUGAACUGAAGAGACAUAAUGUUCAAUUAAAAAGAGAUGGUGAUAUGGUCACCGCCAUCUUCUGUUUAUGUUAAAACAGAUUCUGUGGUUGUCAUUUUAUUUUGGAUGUAUUUGCUUUGGUUUGAAAUGAAAGAUGUUGCAUAAGUGAGUGCCAUUAAAAAAACUUAGUUUCGGUCAAUUAUUUGAGUUUUAAAGUGCAUAAAACAUGUGAGUGAUUUUGUGAACCAUUUGAGUCGUUGAAUGCAAGGCAUAUUUGCGUCAUCACUUGUUUGCACUUUGCCCUGUUCUAUCGUAAGAGAUGAACUAGCUAUAACGUUUUGUGAACAGUAUCAUAAGCGAUUUGGUGUUGUUUGAAUUGAACUGUGCUAAAGCUUUUGUCAUUUCAAUAAACUUUUAUCAGUAACAAA